UAAAAAUAAAAAAGAAAAUUGGAAAUUUCGGUUGUAAUCGUUUUUAAGUUAAAACCUUACCAAAAUUAAAAAGCACCACUCAAAAUCCUCCAAGCAUUUCGUUUCUCCUAACAUAAAUUAUACAAUUCCGUGGGGCUAGCCACCGCCACUUCCACCGCCAUGCCAAGCGCCACUGUCAACAAGCCCCGGCCGAGCGAACUCCUCUCGCGGUUGACCUCCGCCGAGCCUGAGGUCAAGGUCAGGGCCCUUCGCGAGGUUAAAAACCAAAUUAUCGGGAAUCGUACCAAGAAGCUUUCCUUCCUCAAGCUCGGUGCCGUCCCCGCUGUCGCCGGCAUCCUAGCUGAUUCAAUCGACGACGUCGCCGAAAAUAAUAACUGCAACAAUACUAAUAACUUUCUGGUCCAGUCAGCAGCGGCUCUCGGCAGCUUCGCUUGUGGCUUCGACGCCGGAGUUCAAGCCGUGCUUGACGCCGGUGCUUUCCCUAAUCUGUUGCGUCUUCUCGCAAAUCCUAAUGAGAAGGUGGUAGAUGCUGUUGCCCGUGCCCUUAGAAUGAUAUAUCAAUCAAAAUUGGCCCCAAAAUAUGAUUUCCUUCAACAGAAAAAUAUGGAGUUCCUUAUCUCACUACUAAAUAGUGAGAAGGAAACUGUUAGUGGACUUGGUGCAAGCAUAAUAACUCGCUCUUGUGAGACAAAUUUGGAGCAGAAAGCAUUGUUUGAUGCUGGUAUUUUAAGGAGGCUGAAUAGUCUUCUUGAAGGUGGUUCUUUAAGUCAGAGAGAUGCUAGUUUAGAGUCUUUAGCCACAGUAUUUAGGAAUAACCCAGAAGUUAUUUCAAAAUUUGCUGGACCUGAAAUUGGAAGACCUUUGAGUUCUAUUAUUGAUUUAGCGAAGGAUAGGUACCCCCGAACAAGGUUGUUAGCUUGCAUGUGCUUGAUUGUUAUAAGGAAUGCUUCUCCUCACUUCUUGCAAGAUAUAGGGAUCAAGACUAAAUUAAUACAUAUUUUACUUGAGCUUCUUGAUGAUCCUGGUCAAGUUGGAGAUGAGGCUCCUUUUGCUUUCUCCAGUUUAAUUGCGCAAAAGGAGGAUCUUCAAAAACUAGCACUCGAGGCCAAUGCUAUUGAUAAAUUUCACCACCACAUAAAAAAAGGCUCAUUGCAUCCCAGACGUUAUGAGGGAAUAUUGCUUGCAUUAGCUGAUAUGUGCUCUAAGUUGGAAAGUUGCAGGUUUAAAUUCCUCUCGUUGCAGGUGUUGAAUUUGGUAGCUGAUGCACUAACUGAUUAUAAUGCUGGUGUACGUGCUGCAGCUUGUAUAUGUUUGAAAAGUGUCACUCGAUCAAUCAAGAAUUUGAGUGCAGGUUAUUUUAUGAAUGAAACUAUCGUGAUUCCUUUGGUUCAGCUUUUUCUUGACCCUUCAACUUCUGUCCAGGUUGCUGCACUUGGUGCCACUAGCAACAUAGUGGUUGAUUUUACAACACGUAAAUCUAUUUUUGUACAAUGUGGAGGGAUGAAACAGCUGGUUCAGUUAGCAAAGUCCAUGGAAUCCUCUGUCAGGUCAAAUGCUUUGUGGGCUUUGAAGAAUUUUGUAUUCCAAGCAGACAAUAGGUUGAAAGAAGGUGUUUUCUCAGAGCUCACUGCAUCAUUGUUAUCAAGCCUUAUCCGUGAUCCAGAGCCUUCGGUACAAGAGCAAGCUUUGGCCCUUGUUCGUAAUCUAGUUGAUGGAUGUAUAAACUUAAUUGAGUUCGUGUUUGCUGAAGAUGGCCUCAUAUUAGGGGCCAUUGGAAGACAAUUACAGUGUGCUUCAAAAGCUGAGAUAGGGAUACAGGGAAUGUAUGCACUGUGCAAUGUGGCAAGUGGGAAUGAGUUUCACAGGGAAGCAGUGAUGCAGCUACUCUUUACACAAAUGGGUGACAAGAAUCAAUCUUUUGUGGUUAAGUUUUUGCAGAGUAAUGAUAGCCAGCUACGCACAGCAACUGUCUGGACAAUAGUGAAUCUUACUUGUCCAUCGAGUCCUGGUGCACCUUGCAGGCUUGAAAAGCUGCGCAAUGCUGGGAUAGUUUCUCAAAUAAAGAAUAUGGUUAAUGAUCCUUGUGUUGAUGUUAAGCUCCGUGUGAGAACAGUGCUAGGGCAAUCUAUGGCUUUCGGGGACAAUUAAGCAUGUCUGUGUUCAUUCAUUACUCGGAAUACAAAAGGCAAGAGAUUUUGAAGCAGUUAGUUUUUCAGUCUUCUUCACCGCUUUUCUUCUGUAAGAUAUUUUCAAGGCUUUCUCCAGUGGCUUGUAAAAAAAUGGCACAACACAUUGAUUUCGGCUACUGCUUUUUACUCAGUUGAAGCAGUGUGGGAACUGUUAUCGGUCAGUUUUAUGUUAAAAAGAUUGCAUCUUAGUGAUACAUACAUUUUGGGUUGAUGUUUCUGUAUGUAUCAGUUGAGCAUUUUGUACAUGUAAUAGUGUACCAUUAGAAGUUGUAGAUAUAUUUCCUGUCAAAUUAGUGUAUCACUUUCAUGAAGAAAGCUUUGGUUGUUUUCUCAUUCAUCUGCUGCAAAAGUAUAUGCCCCUUAGUUAUGAAUGCUGCCAUUUGACUAAACUGUUACUCGCUUUUGAAAUUUGAAGUCUCUUGUUUAUUUUUUGGGGGGAUAA